AUGGAAAUCGACGAUGAGAUCGUCGCCCGAUGUAAAGGCCAAUUUGACACUGAACAGCUACAUGAAACAUAUGAAAGAAGGAAACAAAUUGAAGAGUCAAGCUCAAUCAUUCUCUCUGUUGCUCCAGCUUUUUCAAUCACAGCCGCCAUCUUCUCCGUGGCCAGCAUCUCGUUUUUGAUUUGGGCGAUCGUGCGCAGAAGACUUCCGAAUAGAAAAUACAGGUUGGUCAAGUUUCACUUGCCUAUGGUUUAUUUUAUCGAAGUUGCCUGUGUUGUAGAGGUGAUU